GCCAUGGUGACUGACACUGUUUUCGCUGAAAUUUUGCCAGAUCCUGAAGGUCUUUGUGGACAAUCUCUUUGCUAUCGUCCUGCUGAAGCAGGCCACAGCUGUGCGCUGCUUGGACAUGAGUGCCUCCCGUAAGAAGCUGGCUGUGGUAGAUGAAAAUGACACUUGCCUGGUAUAUGACAUCGACACCAAGGAGCUGCUUUUUCAGGAACCAAACGCCAACAGCGUGGCCUGGAACACCCAGUGUGAGGACAUGCUCUGCUUCUCUGGAGGAGGCUACCUCAACAUCAAAGCCAGCACCUUCCCUGUGCACCGGCAGAAGCUGCAGGGCUUUGUGGUUGGCUACAAUGGCUCCAAGAUCUUCUGCCUCCACAUCUUCAUUUCUGCUGUGGAGGUGCCACAGGUAACUGGGAGCACCUGUCCACUCUCAGCGCUGGCAAGGCCAAUAAGACCAGGGAAGCUGGGCCCCUGGCUGGUGCUUUGAGGAGAGAGUAGCAAGGAGAGAAGAAUGGCAGCUGUGAUGUCGUGGGAGGCAGUCUGGGCCUGGAACCUGCAGCCCUGUCUCCACUCCUUGCAACCUGUGUGACUGGGGGCAAACAGCUCAACCUACCUGUGCCUCAGUUUCUUCCUGGUCCCCCUUCUGGUAGGGAUUUGGGAGGGUAUACAGUGUUGUCAGCAGAGUAUAUUUUACAGAGAGCCCAAUGUGGGCCGAGUGGAGCGAGCAGCAAAGCUGGGAGUCCAGCAGGGUGUGUGUGUGAGCACGUGUGUGAUGGUGGUGAUGUGUGUGUGAGAGAGAGGGGAAGAGAGAGAAUGAG